GCUCCAUCUCCACCAGGACCAAGUUGACAAGCUGCUUCGACUCUAAGCUCUGUUUUAUUAGGGUAUAAAAAACACAAAUCAUGAACACAGAAGUUGAUCCUGAACAUCAAACUACGGAGGCAUUAGAUCAAGAGGCUUUGGUUGAUACCUCACUAGAUGAUAUGCAAUGGGGGCAAAAGAGGAGGAGUACAAUAUUGAAAGAGUUUAUCAUACUCUUAUCAAGUCAGUGUGUUGAUGGGAAAAGAAGAGCACAAUGCUCACAUUGCAAAAAAGCUUCUUUCUUGGCUGAUUCUUACUAUGGCACUUCAAAUAUGAAGAGGCAUCUAGAUAAAUGUCAAGCUUAUCAGCAAAGUUUGACAAACAAUGAAGAUGAAAAGGAAGCACUUUCGAAAGUGAGUAAGAUUCAGUCUAAUCUCGGGAAGCUUCUCGCUUAAUAUGAUUCAAAUGUUGGCACAACCUCUAGUCCUCGUCCAACAUCGCAAAGCCACACAUCGUUGAGCACAUCAAGAAAACGAAAGGGCAGAUAUGAUUUUCUUGCAGAUUAUGACAAUGAACAAGCUUUGUCAGAAAGCAAUACAAAGACAAAGUUGGAGACUUACUUGAAUGAUCCUAAAGAGUCACACAUCACAGAUUUUGAUAUAUUGGACUUCUGGAAGACGAAUGAGUCUCGAUAUGGACAACUAUCUUACUUAGCAAGGG